AUGCGUUUCACCUCGAUCGUCCUGACCGCUGGGCUUGCCCUCUUCGCCAAUGCCGCGACCCCCGCUACCUCGGUCGCUGCUACUACCACCUACGAUGCUGUCCAGGCCUCGCAGAGCGCCGUGCAGGAGGCCAUCCUCCGCUGCCUGAAGGCCUGCAAGGCCGGCGACGUCAACUGCCAGGCCAAGUGCAUUGCUGUGCCUUCCCCUGACGAUAGCCAGGUCAACGACACCACCAAGUGUGUUGCCAACUGCCCCAAGGGCAAGGGCACCGAGGCCGACAACAACAAGUACUCCCAGUGCGUCCAGGACUGCAUCGGCCAACACUACUUCACCGGCUCGGCCGGUGCUCCCCCGCAGGCCACCAGCACCGCCGGCUCCGGCUCCGGCUCCGGCUCGGGUUCUAGCUCGGGCUCUGGUGACGCUUCCAGCACCGGUGGCGCUGGCUCUGGUUCGGGCUCUGGCUCGGGUAACAGCGACAGCACUGGCAGCGCUGGCAACGGCAACGGUCCCACCGGCACCAGCGGCAACGGCGCUUCGCAGACCACUGGCAACGCGGCUGCGUCCUCGACUGGUGCCGCUUCGCUCGUGGGUGUCUCCUCGGGUGUUGCUGGUGUCUUCGGCUUCAUCGCCGCUGUCCUCGCUCUGUAA